UAUUUGUGACUUGGUGAACCGUGUGAUCCGACUUGUCUGAUUGUUCCAGGAGGAAUCAAAAUCUAAGAAAGGAACCGGUGUCGGCAGGAGCACCGGACCCAAAGUCGCGCGCUAUAUAUGCCGGGUCUACCGACCCAACCGCCCGCAGGGCAGCGACAGCAUCCACGAUCCGAUCCGAUUCAGAGGACAACCCGACAGGCGAUGAUCGAGCGCACCCGGAACCCCUUUGCCUCCACGAGCGGCGAUCCCAGCAGCAGCAGAAGCCGGAGCACCACCGGCAGCGGCGGCGCAGUGUACGGCGGUACGGCCGGGGCGGUGUUCCCGCGCGGCGGCGGAAGCGACGACUACACGGGGCUCCAGGACGAGCGGGUACUAAUGCUGGUGUUCCGGUCGCUCAACUGGGACCCCCACCUGGUGUGCGUCGCGGCCUGCGUCUCCCGCCGCCUCCGCGCCGUCGCCAACCGCGUCCUCUGGCGGGAGGUCUGCAUCUCCCGCGCCCCCCGCAUGGUCUCCGACCUCACCCCCGGCGGCGCCACCCGCAUCGGCGGCGGGUGGCACACCCUCGCGAAGCUCCUCUUCUUCUGCUGCGGCUGUGCCGCCCCCACCCGCUUCUUCCCCCUCCCCGAACGCCGCCACCCGACACCCGGCCACUUCGCCCCCGUCUCCCGCUUCUCCAGGACCUCGGGCCGGUCCUUCCUCGCCCGCCGCUGCUGGGGCGACCUCCUCUACGUCUCCGACCCCUGCGAGCACCGGGCCGGCUCCCCUUCCGACGAGGAUCUCGGCGCCUACCGCGGAGUCUUUCGGGGAUUCAUGCGGUCGAGGACCCGGGCGUAUCUCAUCGGCCGGCAGGCGGAGCUGGAGUCCCGGGUGCGCUGCCCCUACUGUGGGGCCCGGGUCUGGAGCAUGACCGCCGCCGGCCUCGUCCCCCGCAGCGCCUCGCGCCGCCUCGGUUCCCACGAGGGCGACCUCGAGUACUUCGUCUGCGUCAACGGCCACCUCCACGGCUUCUGCUGGCUCGCCCAUUUGUCCUCCUCAGAGGAUGAUGAAGAUGAAGGCGGCCCCGGUGACAGCGACGACGACGAGGAUGACGACGGUCAUGUUGCAUGCUGAGACAGAGAUAGAGAUUAGACAGAGAGAGAGAGAGAGAGAGAGAGAGAGAGAUAGACGUUUAGUUGCUGAUUGUUAGGUUGGUAGACAGGCGAUGUGGGACUAUUUGUCUUCACAAUCUUCUUCUUUACUUCUUUGCUUUGCCAGCUCUGUUUUGUUCUCCUGUCUCCUGUUCCCUUCGUCCGUCCCUUUCUGCUUCUUUUGAGUCCAAAAUAAAAAGGAGCCUCGCGUGGGCUCUCUUCCCCUGUCCUCUGUGCUGGUUCCCAUCUUGUAUGAUGGGUUGUCUUGCGACUGUUUAUCUGUCUUCUGUUUUUGUACCGAGACUCUGGAGGAACAGGGGAUGCUCUGUUUUUUAUUGGAUUUGGAAUUUGGAACUUUGGAUA